AUGGUGACUGAUUGGCAGCAGCUGCCGCCGCUGCCCCCUCCCUGUGUAAAAUGGAAGCGGUUCCACCUGCUGGCAGCCUUUUUGUUGAAAGCAAUUGGGGAAAAUACGUGCAGUGAGUGUCUGAGCAACUGUGACUUGCAGAUCCAUCUUGAACAGCUUGGAUUUUCUCCUGGUCCCAUACUACCUUCUACCAGAAAACUAUAUGAAAAGAAACUGGUGCAGUUGCUGGUCUUACCUCCUAAUGGAUGACCUGUGGUGAAGGAACUCAGAAAGCUGUGUAGCACUCAGGAUAACAUGGAAGAACUUAAUAUCAUUUUGAAAGGAAAUAUCACACUCACCACAGGAAAAGAAAAAGACAAGGAAUCCAAAAAACCAGCCAACGGUGUGUCCCAGACGGGUGCCAUCCAUACGCAAGACUCGUGGGCGGUGGCCAAGGGCAUUGAGGAGAAGUUUUCAUGGGGCCUGGGGCUCGCGGUCCUUGGCAUUUUCAUCAUCGUCGUAUUUGUCUACAUAACUGUUGAAAACAGGCCAGUCUUGGCUUAG